AUGUACUCCCAGACACGAUCUAUAACACCCUCUUCCGCCUCUGCUUCGUAUCGUCCUUUGCAGCCUGUGGCUGGAAGCGGUACAUCAUCAAACAAUCAUCAUCACCAUGGACUGUCUGCGGGUGUUCAAAAGAUCCAAAGACCACUCUCCGCUAUUAACCCAAACACCAAUAAUAACAACAACGGAGCCGGUGGCAUCACAGCAACACGAAGAAAUCCUACUCCUACAAUAUCUCACAACAAAUUGCAACCAACAUCAGCAAUGAACAAGAUCAUUGUUGAAGAGAGAUGUCAGAAAAAGAAUGAGAGAGGAGAACGACAAGUUUCAAUACGAAAGUACUAUCAAGAAAGAUUUCUGGGCAAGGGUGGCUUUGCACAAUGCUAUCUUUUCAGACAAGUCGGCAACAACAAGAUAUAUGCCGCCAAAAUUAUUGAUAAGCAAUCACUACAAAAGGAAAAUGUCAAACAAAAGCUGUAUUCUGAAAUUAAGAUCCAUAACUCACUCUCUCAUCGCCAUAUAGUCAAAUUUGUAAGGUACUUUGAAGAUGAAACAAAUGUAUAUAUUCUUCUCGAAUUAUGUAACUGCGGCUCUAUGAUGGAGCUUAUGAAAAAUAGACAGAGAUUGACCGAGCAAGAAGCACGAUUUUUUCUGCACCAAUUAUUAAUGGCAUGUUUGUAUAUGGGAGAACAACAUGUAAUCCAUCGAGAUUUGAAACUGGGAAACUUGUUUCUUACGGACAAGAUGGAAAUCAAGAUUGGAGAUUUUGGACUUGCAACAACCGUAGAAUAUGAUGGAGAAAGAAAGAAGACUAUUUGCGGUACACCCAACUAUAUCGCUCCUGAGGUUCUCAUGAACAAGGGACAUAGUUAUGAAGUGGACAUUUGGUCUAUUGGUGUUAUUCUGUACACCAUGCUUGUUGGCACACCGCCUUUUGAAACCAAGGACGUCAAAGAAACAUACAAAAAGAUUAAGCAUAAUGACUAUGACUUUCCAGAAGACCUUGACAUUAGUAACAAGGCCAAGAACCUCGUGAGGAAAAUUUUGAGACGUAACCCUGAUGAUAGACCAACCGUGAAAGAAAUCCUUAUGGAUCCAUUCUUUGCUGGAGCGCCAGUAGAUCAAUGCCCUCCAUCAUUGUUAGAAUACGCUAGGACUCAUGCCCUAAAAAUUGGUGACAUGGAAGAAAAUACAAUUGCAGCUUAUAGUUCAAAGAACCCUGAACUUCAACAACAGUUGCAAAAGUUAAGGCAACAAGAACGUGUUCCAUUCAGACAAAUUGACAACAUGCUACAUCAAAGACCUACCACUAGUGACCAAACGACAACAAUGGGAGUAUCUAAGCAACAACAUGCUAUGCCUAUUGGUUCAAGCUUUAGACCUCCUUUAGCAACCGUCUCUGUCAACAAUGAAAAUGUCAACCCUCUUCCAACUCAAACCACCUCCACCUUUACCAAACCACCUUCUUCACAUCUUCACCUCCAUUCUCAUGCUCUGACAAAGACAACCACAACUCAUACUUCAGAAGUACCUUCUUCUACCACAACAACAAGUAAUAAUAGAUAUCCAACAACUACUACUGAAAGAUCCAACUCUGCUCAACCCACUCAUUCAGUAUUUGCCAUCCCUGAAUAUCGUCAACCUGUACAAACUACGAGCCAAACAUCCCGUUUGCCAACACCAAAGAGAAGAUCACCAAGCGAAGAAGAGAACAAGAGUAAGCCACGAACUCCAACCACCGGUACAGAGGCAUCUCUUGAUCCACCAGUCAAGAAAUCAAGAACUCCAUCCAACGCUCCCAUUUCACCUUCCUCUGGUUUUUCUCCAACAGGUCUUAACAUGGACCCAAUGCCUGUUGAUGCAACAGCUGAAGACGACUUAUCGAGUCCUGUCACUUUAGAGUUACCGUCUGUAUGGAUCUCCUAUUGGGCUGAUUUCUCAUCUAAAUACGGGCUUGCUUACAUGCUCAAUAAUGGAAGCGUUGGUGCUUUAUUCAACGACUCUACAAAAAUUCUUUUCAAUCCAACAACCGAAGAAGUAAAUUACUAUGAAAGAAAAAUCAGCGGAGAAACUGUAUAUGAAGAGAAGACCAGUUUUCCUAUCACCAACUUCCCACAGGCAUUGCAAAAGAAGAUUACUCUCAUCAAGUACUUUACUGGAUAUUUAGAAAAGUUGAAACAGAAUGAAUCUGAACUGCCACCUUUAUCUUCAAGCUCAGACAGUGGCAAGUCAAGCUACAUUCCAAAAGAGCCUCUCUUGCCUCUAACUCGAGCAGCUGAAGGCAUCUUUGUGAAACGAUGGCUAAGAACACAACAUGCAAUCAUAUUCCGAUUGAGCAAUAAGGCUGUUCAGGUGUGUUUCUUUGAUCAAACAGAAAUCAUUCUUUGUGGAGAGGCCAAUAAUGUGGCCUUUACAACUGCAGAUGGUGUCAGAACGUGUUAUGCUCUCAAUAAGGUGAUCAAAAACCCAUCGCAAGAAAUCUCCAAGAGGCUCAAGUACACCAAGGAUGUUCUCUGUAGGUUAAUUGGAGGAUCAGCACCUGUCGCAGAAAAAGUAUCACGGCCUAAUGAAUAA